AUGUUGGGGAAGGGGUGUAACUUUGAUGCAUUUCACUUGGCUUGGGUGGAAAUAUGGGGCUUGGAAGUAUCCCCAAAGGUAAGACAUUUCCUUUGGCGUUUAUGUACAAGUACUCUGCCAACAAGAGCACUCUUGAAAGCUCGUCACGUGAUUGAUAAUGCCGUAUGUUCGUGGUGUGGUAAGGAGGAAGAGACUAGCUCUCACAUUCUAUUUGACUGUGAAAGGUCUAGGGAGCUGUGGGAGGAUAGUGGAUGUGCGAGUUUGAUUGAAGACAUAAGUGGGACAAUGUGCGACAUGGUUGUGCGUUGGAAGGCUACGAAUGUGAAGAAACAACAGCGGGCUGCCAACUUAAUUUGGCUCCUUUGGGCUCAGCGUAACCUUUGGGUUUUUGAUGGCAAAGCUACUCCAAAUGGCUUGCUUCUCUCUCGGCUGGAUAGGUUGAGUGAGGAAUAUGGAAAAUACAACAGCAUGAUUUACAAGCCGAUGCAGCCCUGA